AUGUACAUCACCCUCUACUACAUAGUCACCCGGCUCCCUGACUCCCUUCGCGUAGUCAGGGACCACUUCCUCUCAGUUUGCCCCACCACUCUCACCGUUGACCUCCUCGAGAAGGCCCUCCUAGCAGCAGAGAAGAGCAUAGUCGCUGUAGGAGCCUCUCGUGGUGACCCUCGCACCCCCGUCUUUGAGGGGUGUUCCCCCUCCCCCCUUUUGCCCUCUGUUGCCUCUGCUGCUGCGGCCGACCUCGUUGGUUUCGAGUCGGUCGGCGCUGCGUCUGCCCCAAGCGGGAGACGCCGCACCGGCAAGGGCAAGGGGGGCAAGGGUGCUGGAGGGGCUGGCGGGGGUGGCGGAGGUGGCGGUGGCGGCAGUGGAGGGGGUGGGGGUGGUGGUGGGAGUGGUGGCGGGGGUGGAGGUGUCGGUGGCGGCAGUGGAGGCGGAGGCGGCGGCGGCGGUGGCGGUGGGAGCGGAGGUGGCGGAGGUGGCGGCGGUGGAGGAGGCGGCGGCGGAGGAGGUGGAGCUGGUCGGGGUGGCGCUGCACAGAGGGUCGGCUCCGGUGGUGGUCAGCGCCAGCAGCAGCAGCAGCAGCGGCAGCAGCGCACUCGUGACAUCCCCCCCCCUCAGCAGCUCCGUGAGUGGUAUACUCACGCCAGCGGGCUGUCUAGGGCGGGUGUAGCUGUCUUUGACCUUGACUUUGAUGCUAUUCUUGCUGCCAUGUAUGCUGUGACUAUUAGUGAUGAGGGUGACUGUUACCGGUGUUUUCCGCCCGACCCGGGCAUUGAGACUGCUGCUCUAGGUACUGGUGAGGCUGCUGCUCUAGGUGCUAGCGAGGCUGCUACUCUAGGUGCUCGUGCGUCUGCUCCCUCAGGUGCUGGUGAGUCUGCUCUCUCAG